GGCAUUUCCUGAGUCUCUGAACCGCUAACGUAGUUCCUCAUUAAGUAAUCUUUCUCCACCCCCCUCCAGCGGCUGCAGCCAAAUGUUACCACACUGGCUUUUCUUUGGGUCUGUGAAGACCUUGUGUUCCUUUCUCCAGAUCAGCAGAAAUAUGCAUCAAGGAAAUCGAACCACCGUCUCUGGGUUCCUCCUUCUGGGACUCUCCAACCAGGCUGAGCAGCAGAAGGUCCUCUUUGUGCUUUUCCUGGGUAUGUACCUGGUCACUGUGGUUGGGAAUGGACUCAUCAUCCUGGCCAUCGGCUUGGAUUCUUACCUUCACACUCCCAUGUAUUUCUUCCUUGCCAAUCUGUCCUUUGCUGAUAUUUCCUCCGUAUCCACCUCAGUCCCCAAGAUGCUGAUGAAUAUUCAGACCAAGACUCAAUCCAUCUCCUAUGAGAACUGCAUCACGCAAAUGUACUUUUCUAUUGUGUUUGUCGUUAUUGACAAUUUCCUCUUGGGCGUCAUGGCCUAUGACCGCUUUGUGGCUAUCUGCCACCCUCUGAACUACAUGACCAUCAUGCAACCCAGGCUCUGCGUUUCACUCGCGGUCAUUCCGUGGGUCCUCAGUAAUGCUGUUGCCCUAAUACACACUCUUCUGCUCCUUCCGUUGCUUUUCUGUGACAGCAACACUCUCCCACACUUCUUCUGUGACUUGGCUCCUCUGCUCAAGCUGUCCUGCUCAGACACAAGGAUCAAUGAACUCGUAUUAUUUAUCGCGGGCUUAUCGGUUGUCACCUUCCCCUUUGCCCUCAUCCUCUUCUCCUACAUCUGCAUUGUCAGGGCUGUCCUGAGAAUCUCAUCCACAGAGGGAAAGUGGAAAGCCUUCUCCACCUGUGGCUCUCACCUGACAGUUGUAUUGCUCUUCUAUGGGACCAUUGUAGGGGUUUACUUCUUCCCCUCAACCACUCACCCUGAUGGCGGAGAUAAGAUUGGUGCAGUGCUAUUCACUGUGGUGACGCCCAUGAUGAACCCCUUCAUCUAUAGCCUGAGGAACAAGGACAUGAAAGGUGCCCUAAGAAAGCUCCUCAGUAGGAAAAUCUUCCUCCCUUUGAUGCCGUGGGCAUCUGAUUUAUCCCCAUAA